GAUAGUCAGACCGAGAGAGAGAGAGAGUCCCCGUGGAGAGCUGCUGGAUCUCCGAGACCAGGACCAGGACCAGAACAAGAGCGGAAUGGAGGAGGAGCAGCAGAAGCCGGAGCAGCGGAGCAACAAGGUCCCCAGAAGAGCAGCAGCAGGCUCGGCCUCUGAUAGCAGCGGUGUUCAGAAACGGAGAAGAAGAGGGGGACUCGGACAUCACAGCUGUCAGGACUGUGGAAAGUCCUUCACAACAUCUGGAAAUUUAAAGAUUCAUCAGAGAGUUCACACUGGAGAGAAACCGUACAGCUGUGAACAAUGCAAGGCAGCUUUCACACAGUUAGCUGCGGUCAAACGUCAUCAACUCAUUCACACUGGAGAGAAACCCUUCCGGUGUGAACUAUGUGGGAAAAGUUUUUCUCAGUGUGGUACCCUUAAAGCCCACCAACGCAUUCACACUGGAGAGAAGCCGUUCCGGUGUGAACUAUGUGGGAAAAGUUUUUCUCAGUGUGGUACCCUUAAAGCCCACCAACGCAUUCACACUGGAGAUAAACCAUACAGUUGUGAACAAUGCGGGGCAGCUUUUACCGUUCAAAGUUCCCUAAAAUCCCACCAACGCAUUCACACUGGAGAGAAGCUGUUCUGGUGUGAACAAUGUGGGAAAACAUUUUCUAAGAUUGGUAACCUUAAAGUCCACCAACGCGUUCACACUGGAGUUAAACCGUACAGCUGUGAACAAUGUGGGGAAGCUUUCUCACUGUCAUCUCAACUAAUGAUCCACCAACAUGUUCAUACUGGUGAGAAGCCGUUCUGGUGUGAACAAUGUGGGAAAAUGUUUUCCCAGAAUGAUAGCCUUAAUAGACACCAACGCAUUCACACUGGAGAUAAACCAUACCGCUGUGACCAAUGCGGAGCAGCUUUCACACAGUCAUCUAGCUUAAACUCCCACCGGCGCAUUCACACUGGAGAGAAGCCGUUCUGGUGUGAGCAAUGUGGGAAAACUUUUUCUCAGAGUUCUCACCUUAAAGUCCAUCAACUCAGUCACACUGGAGAGAAGCCGUUCUGGUGUGAGCAAUGUGGGAAAGCCUUUUCUCUGGCUAGUAACCUUAAAGUCCACCAACGCAUUCACACUGGAGAUAAACCAUACAGCUGUGACAAAUGUGGAGCAGCAUUCACAACAUUGGGUAACCUUAAAGUCCAUCAACGCAUUCACACUGCCUCCUCUUGAACAUUUUCUAAUGCCAAGCUGUUGAUAGAGUGGAGAGAGGGAACAAAUAGCAUGAGUCAAGAAGCUGUUUGUGGUUUUGUUGUUACCUUUAUUUAACCAGGAAGAGACUCAUUGAGAUAAAAAAAUCUCUUUUUCAAGAGUGUCCUGGCAAAGACA